AUGGCCACGGCACAUCGUCAGCCAUUAGGUCUCUCAGAUGCUCUCAACGCCCCAAAACACAAUGAUACAGCAUACCAGCUGAAAAAAGCCAGAUCCGAAGUACAUGACGAGAAGAGGAAACGGGCCGAAGCUGAAGGUUCAGCUGAAGGGUGGAAGAGGGAUCUGGAGAUAUCCAAGAAGGAGGUAGAAAGUCUAAAGAAAGAUUUGGAAAGAGCCAAAGCGAAGAUAUCGAGAAGGGACGAAAUGAUCAAAUCGCUGGAGAACAAUCCAGCUAGUGGGCUAAGUCCGAACGCAGAGCUGGAAAGGAAGCUGAAAGAUCUUGUUGAACGACAUCGGGUAUCGAAAGACAAGUCGCAGAAGCAGAUCUCAUCACUUCAAUCAGAAAACCAAUCUUUACAAUACACACUAUCUGAAAGGACCGAUAAAUUGAAGAUACUAAAAGAUCAGAACUCCGUUUUGGAGGAUGAAAAUAGACAACUCACCCAGCACAUCGAAUCUCUCAAACAAGCCUCGAGCGACCAUGCUUUGGAGGUGAAUACCAACCGAAAGGAAAUAAGGGAGUACGAGAAUGAAAAGACAGAAUCGAAGAUUGAAAAACACAGACUAGAAAAACACGUAUCGAGGUUAGAGGGUGAAUUGGAUAAUCUCAAAUUGACUAUAUCCAGGGAGAAACAAAAAGAGGAAAGAGUGGUUAUGAGGGAAGAAGAGCUGAGAAAGAGUAAUCAAGAGUUACAACAAGUAGUGGCAAGUUUGAGAGAAGAAGUGAAAGAGUUUGAUGAGGUCAGAGAAGAGAAUGAUAGAUUGCAGAGGCUCUUGGAAGUUACAAGUAUAAGCUAUAGAUUGCUGUACCGGGGUUCAGUGACGAAAGAGAAGUAUCAGCAGCUGGAAGGGAAAUGGAUCGAAACUUCAACGAACGCUUUGAGAUGGCAAGAGAAAGCUGAAAGGCUGGAAGGGAAACUGAAUAGGAAUAGAGAGAUAAUACGGGAUCUUCAAGAGCAGCUCAAAAUAUCGAAAGAUGAACGGAAGUUGUUAAGCUUGAUGGUACAAGACAUGAUCCAGGAUAGACAUAACCUUCGAGAUGAAUUGUCUUCCUUUAUCAAAUCACACUCUCCUUCAGACAGUUCGGUACCACUAGACCAACUACCUUUCCUUCCCGUGCUUGAUAUGGCCAUGACGCAUAAUCAACUAUCAACAUCUCACCUCAUCAACCAGCUUACUUCCCUUCGACAAGCACAUUCCAACCUCCUAAAAGAGUACGAAACGACGAGGGAAUCCCUUGUUUCCUCUUCGACUACACUUACCGCCUUACAGAGAUCUUUCGCCGAGCUCAAAUCGUCACAUCAAGCUUUGGAGGAAUCCCAUACACCCUGUUCGGGAUUGAUAGCGAAUCUCCAGCUAGAUCUCACUACCGUUCGAGAUGAGGUAGUGCGAUUGAAAGAAGAGGUCAAGAUCGCCCAUGAAGAGAUGGAUAAGUCAAAUAAGCAGUCAAGAGACGAUAGAGAGGCUUUGAAGAGGGCCAACGAAGUGGUUAUGAGGUCCAAGAUGGCUGAAGAGACCUUGGAUGAGGAAGUUAAGCAUCUACAAGAAGCUUACUACGAGUCUUCCAAAUACGAAGAACUCUACCACGACCUGAAAGAGCAGUAUGGAAUACUCGAAUCGCGUGAACAAGCAGCUGUGGAUGAGGCUGAGAGAUUGGGAUUGGAGAAUGCAGAAUUGGUAGGACAUAAUAAUGAAGGUCAAAAGAUCAAUUAUGUAGAGGGAGUGAGGAGGGAGAUGGUCAUGAUUAAGCAGGAACUCGCAUCGACGAGACAUCUAUUGAAUAUAUCGAACGAUAAGAUAAUCAAAUUGGAAAAUGAAAUUCAAGCUUACAAGUCGAUCGAUCUGAUUGACUCAGGAUUGAAUGGAAUUGGAUUAGGAUCAUCAAGGACGAAAGUGAUGAGAAGACAGCCUGAGAAUGGUAGAUUGACUGCUCCUAGGAGCAAACCGAGGAGUGUCUCUGGACCUGUAUGGAGGUGA